UGAGGUCGCGCAAGGAUCGUGGGUGGAAAGAGGAAAAGAAAACGUAAUGUCAAGCACGAGAUUGACAUGACAUGGUGUCAUGCGCGCCACCCUCGGAGGAUUUUGGUUCGGCUCUCAAGCGCUGCUGCGAAUCCAAGGACUUGGCGCUUGGCCGCCGGCUCCACUCUCAGAUCGAUCGAGCUGGGCUUGCCACCAGCGACACAUUUCUCGCCAAUCUCCUCAUCCAGAUGUAUGGUAAGUGCGGGAGGAGCGAAGACGCGCGCCGUGUCUUCCACCAGAUCCACAGGCCCAAUGUUUUCUCCUGGAACUUUAUCAUAGCAGCAUAUGCCCAGAAUGGGCAUCUGGAGCAGGCGAAGCUUCACUUUGAUCGGAUGCCCAAUCGGAAUUUCGUUUCGUGGUGCGCGUUGAUCUCGGGCUACGCUUGCAAUGGCGAAGUCGAAGGGGCGAAAGCGCUGCUGGAUCGAAUGCCCUCCUGGAACCCAAUCGCUUGGACUGCCGUGAUGCGCGCGCGCGCCCAGUCCGGGGAUUUGUGUGGCGCUCGGCUGAUGUUUGACGAGAUGCCCGAGCGGGAUUUGAUCUCGCGCAACUGCAUGAUAUCUGCUUAUGCCGAGGGUGGCGAUUUCGAUCAAGCGAAGCUACUGUUUGAUGAUAUGCCCGAGUGGGACGUUGUGUCUUUCACUGCGAUGAUCAGAGCAUACACACAAGGCCACUUAGUAGAUCAAGCAAAAGCGUUUUUUGAUACCAUACCCCAGAAAAACACCGUGUCUUGGAAUUCCCUUCUCCAUGCUUAUGCCCAAGCGGGGCAUCUAGCAGAGGCGCGGCAAGUGUUCGAAUCCAUUCCAGAGAAAAACCUCACGUCAUGGACCACGAUGAUCGCAGCGUGUUGCACCAACGGCCAGAUUGACGCGGCGGCGGAUCUCUACCGUCGGAUGCCCGCGCGGGACGUGGUGUCGUCGGCGACAGUGAUCGCGGCGGCAGGGGACCACGCGACCGCGACGCGGAUAUUCCGCGCGAUGCCCCUCGUGGACGAGGUAGCAUGCACGGCCAUGAUCGCGGCGAUGUCGCAGGGUGGCGACCUCGAGGGCGCCAAGGCCCUGUUUGACAAAAUGGCGGAGCGCCACCUGGUGACGUGGAAUGCCAUGCUGGCAGCGUUCGCGGACAACGGCCACGUGGAGGGCGCCAAGUCGCUGUUUGACAGUAUGCCGCGCCGGGACAUGGUGACGUGGGCGACGAUGCUGUCGGCCUUCGCGCAGCACGGCGGGCGAUUCUUCGACAGCGCCAAGCGGUGCUUCGAUUUGAUGCCCGAGUGGAACACCGUGGCGUGGAACUCGAUGAUCCAGGCGCUGGCGGCGCGGCGCGACACCGCAGCAGCGCGGGCGAUCUUCGAUGGUGCGGUGCCGGAGCACGACGUGGUGAUGAUCAACGCAAUGAUCGCCGCCCACGGCGAGAAUGGGGAGCUGGGCGACGCGCGCGAGCUCUUCGAUUCCAUGCCGGAGCGCACGAUCAUCUCCUGGAACUCGAUCGUCCAGGCGUGCGUGAUCGACGGCGAUGUUCACGGCGCGGUGGAGCUGGUCGAGCGGAUGCCCAGGCGAGACGUACUGACGUGGACGGCCCUGAUAAACCUCCACUCUCGGGCCUCGAACCUAGAGCUGGCCAAAAGCAUCUUCGACCAGAUGCCGGAGCACGACGUCGUGGCCUGUACGGCUCUGCUCAUGGGGUUUGCACGGAAUGGCGACCUGGAGGGGACGAAGAGGGUGUACGACACGAUGCCGUGCAAGAACUCCGUGACAACGCUGGCGAUGGUGGUGGCGUACGGGGAGUUCUUGGAGCUGGGCGCCGCGAAGCACCUGUUCGAUCGAAUGCCCAAGGACAAUUGCGUGCCCUGGAGCGCGAUGGUCACCACGUAUGCACGGAAUGGAUACGUGAGCGAGGCCAAGGCGGUGUUUGACACCAUGCCCGAUCGCGAUCCGGUCUCGUGGUCGGGGAUGAUCACCGCCGCGGCGCAGUUUGGAUCCAGCGGCGAGGCGCUGGGAUUGCUGCGAUUGAUGGGCAUGGAAGCGGCCUCGCCAAACGAGGUGCUCUUCCUGAGCCUCCUCUUCGUUUGCAGCCACUUGGGGCGCGUCAAGGAGGCGCGGGAGUUCUUCCGGGUGAUGAGCGAGCACGGAUUGGCGGCGUGGCGCGAGCAUUUCUCGUGCUUGAUCGCUGUUCUAGGCCGCGCCGGGGAAUUGGCCGCCGCCGAGGAGCUGAUCGAAAGAAUGCCCUUUGUGCCCAACCAAGCCUCGUGGAGCGCACUGCUCAAUGCAUGCCGGAUCCAUAGGGAUGUGGAGCGCGGGGCGCGAGCGACGCAGCGAGCCCUAGAACAGGAUCCCGCCAGCGCGGGAACUUACGUCCUGCUCGCAAACACGUUUUUGCCGCCUUGCCAGCCGCUAGAGCCCUAGAUUUCGGAAUAUGCUUGCGUAGAGCCCUACAUUUUCGAAUAUGCCGGCGCCAUGGCAUCCGAA